AUGGCGCUGCAGAAGGAUUCGGUCGACCAAGGAAUAUCCACAAGGCAUCUCAAUUUUCGAUUCACCCACACGAUAAUGCGUCUCUCAUCCUGCAACGGGUUCAAUCAACUCUCCACUCAGGCCUUUAAUCUAGCCGAUUGGGAAAUAAAGGAGCAGCAAAUCAACCGUGAAGCCAAUAAAAGCGAGGAGCUUAAGCUCAUAGUAGAUAUGUUUAUGGAAAUCAACCUGCCAACCUCCAGGCGCGUCCUAGAGAAGCUUGAUGAGCUCUUCGUGGACUAG